AUGUCUGUCGCCGAGUAUUCCCCCAAGAUGGAGGUCAAGCAUGCAUCUGUAUCCGAUUGCUGCAGCAGUUCGCCCGGCUCGUCUGACGAGGUGACGCCCAGUACAAACCUUGAAAUCGGAGCAGACAACACCCUCGAUACCUCGUCUACUUCGGGUGAUUCAUCGCCGUCCGACACAUCGCACGCGCUCGACGAUACUGCCUACUUCCAAUCGCUGCAGACCAACAUCAACGGCUGGAUGAUGGCUACUGAGGCCGCGAAACAGCCCGUAGACGUAUCUGCUCCCGAACCAUCGCUCAACCAGCCUACCGUCGCAAACUCCGAAUCUCACGAUGUCGACCCGUCGAGUACUUCACUGAACGGAUCCGCGGAGGAGAUUGAGAACAAGCAGAUUACCGAUCUCGUCGAUGAGCUCGUCGUUUCUGCCGAAGCGAGUGUGAGUGGUGGUUCGGAUACAGAAACGUCAAAGGCGGGUCGCUCCAAGGCCUUGGACGACAAUGGCCAUGUACGCACGUCCUCGAUGGUCAAGCCGCCGCAGAAGAGCUUCAAGUCUGUCUCGGUGAACCGCAAUUUCUUGGGUAGCAAGACUGCAGCGAGCGCAACAUCCCGACCUGAAUCCGCCGCCGGAUCACCAUCUACAACCCCUCAACCCACGGUUGCAUCUUCGGCAUCGCGUCUGAAGCUGGUUGCAAAGUCUGGCAGCAACCUUAGUGGCUCCACCAAGACUCUGACCAGUAAUGGCAAACCGAAUCCGACACCUAACGCGAGCUCAGUAUGGAAUCGCAAUCAAGCACCGGUUGUUCCCGAGCCCAAGAAGUUGUCCGACGAAGACCUGAAAGCCGGCGGUAUCCAUAUGGCAGCCCGCCUUGGUCCGGAAGAUCUCAAGGGACAGUCGAACUGGGCUGAUAUCGAGGAUGAUGACGAUGAUUGGGCGCCCGCUACCUUGACAUGGAACGACGGAACUAGCAUUACGUUGCCGCAGGCCGAGGAACCCUCUACCUCACCCGUACCUGUACCCGCCGCACACGUAACCGCACCUGUCUCUACCAACAAGGAACCCGCGCCUCCCUCUGUCAACAGAGAGCCGAUCGCGAGUCAGAAACCCGUGUCUCCCGCUCCGACCUUCACCGCGACUAGAUCACCCUCUGUCAAACCUAGUGUGCUAGGUUCUGGAAAGGGUUUGGUGCUCAAGGGUGCACAGGAGAAACCCACGUUGAUCGCGAAGCCACCGGCCCCGCCCACGCCCGUCAAGUCACCCUGGGCUUCUCUGCCGCCCGUCGAGAGGGCUCCUCCCGUUGUCAUGGAGUUGCCUAAUCAGAUGCAGCCCCCACGAUAUCCGUUGCGCGAUGCGUCGAACACUAAGAAUGCGACACUGCCGCCCGCGGCCAAGGAACUCGCAGCGGAUGAUUUCAGUCGGUCAGCCCGAGAUGGUUCCUACAGACCUAGACAGGAGAGACCGGAGCUCUUUAACUCUCAGUCCGGACGCUAUGAGCCUGUAGCUGAACGUAGAGGCUCCCGUGUCGAGCAGUAUAAUCGACACCCUGCUGUUCUACAACGUCCUCCUUUCCACGAUCAGGAUGGUCCUGCGGAACCCUCAGCGGCUUUCCAGACGAGCAGAAGUGGCGGAGUAGACGGACCGUAUGGCCGCCGCCGUGGAUCUUCCAAUGUCAGCGGAGGUAGUGGUAGCUUUGCUCAUAGAAUGGGAGCAAAGCCUCACGACAUGCUUCCUCCGCCUGACGUGCCUAUGGAGCAAGGCCGUUCUGGCUCAAUUGCUGGCGGCCCUGAAAGUCCCAUGACUGCGAAAGUGCUCGCUUCGGCGAAUACGCAGCCCACCCCUCCAGCCCAAGUGGCCCAGCCCUUACAACCCCUCCCCUCCCCUGGUCAGGUACAGGCAGCGCUGCAGCCGCAGCAAGUCGCACCUGAAGUGGCAGCAGAGAGCGCGGAGGAUAUCGUGAAUCGACAGAAGGAAAUCAUGAAGACACGCCGAGAGGCAGCUAUCAGACGCAGAAUUGAGGAAGAGAAACGUGCAGACGCAGCGAAGCAGGAGCGGAUCCGCAAGAAGCUGGAAGAGAUGGGUCCGGCUCCCGAGCGCAAGAGCGCAAAGACUACGAAGAAAGAAGAAGUCUCAGCGUCGAGUCAUAUUGUGCAGAGAAGCGACAUACCCGCGGCUCUGGCUGCCCAGUCUGGUGCCCGUCCUGUUGAUGCAACCGCUGAGCUUCGUCCCGUCGAGUUUCACGCUUCCAAGUCCGACUCAACUUCUGAACUGACUCCAACUACAUCUGCCACUACAGCGAAGGAUGUUAGCGACACAGCAUCAACCGUCAUCGAACCCGCUCCUCGAGUCAAUGGUGGUGGCAAGGAAUCUUUCAAGCAGACGGACAGGACUCCUCGUGCUCCUUCUCAGCCUGCGGCACACACACAUGCUCAUACCCCGUCAGCAGCUCUAUGGUCCGAUACACGUCAGCAGCCGGAGCAUGCGCCCUCUUGGGCUACCGGCUCCCAGGCUUCUAAGAACGUUUGGGGUGCUCCUGGCGAUCGCUCGCUCGGCAACGGAACGUUCAACUCGGAUAUAGGAGCUCUGCCUGGCUCACACCCAGCGCCAGCUGCUAACAAGUCGCACCGCCCAACACCCAUCGCACCACCUCGUUCUGUCUCUCAAGGGCAAGUCAAGAAGCCCGAGCCGCAACCGAGUCGUCUGGCUCCUAUUGGUCCACCUGCCUCUUCGAACCCCGCGAAUGCUUGGAGAACCUUUGACAUCAAGGCAGAUGAUGCUCGGAAAAGACAGGAACGACAGGAGGCAAGGGGUAAUGUCAAUGAGAUAGCUCCUGUGAGCAUCACCGACACUUGGCGCUCUGUCGACCUGAACAACGACGGAAAACGAACCGAAGUCGGAACGUUUACGACUCGCGCAGAUGGUUCUUCGAUAAACCCUCGCAAGUCCCAGGGCAGCGAACCCACUGCCGGUCUUGCGGAGCCCAGACAGUUUGGAGAACAAACGGCUGGUCACCCAAAAGGACCAGGGACGCCUGGCCCCCCAGCUCAGGCACGAAGCGGAUCGCGAUUCUUCCCUGCUCCUAAUAAUACACCUGCACAGGUACCUUUGCAGGAAGACUCCCGCACAAGGUCCCCAACCCCGCCCCCUCCGACCGCAGACGGCCACCCAGUUUAUGACGGCGAUGUCACACGACCUCACGUAACGCUUCCUCCCCAGAGACCGAGAGUUAGGCUCCCUCCGUCUGCGCAGCCUGCUGGACCGGGUCCUGUUGCACCACCUAAGCCACCCAAGCCGGUCCGACAGGAGAAUUGGCAGGAAACUAUUGACACAUUCGAAGCGCGUACUGUAAGCCGUGGCAGAAACUAUGGCGGGAUCCCACAGAGGCCUCACGAGAUAGCAUCUCAGGAGAACUGGCAGGAAAAGAUUAACAAUCUCAUGGUGGCCCAUAUCGCCGCCGUCCCAGCCAGAGCUAUGCCUGUAGACUCUUCGUCGAUUCCCUCCUUGGAGCAUGGUUCACAGUCACAUGAUUCUGCGACCGUCUCCCUUCCCGGACCUUCACCGGACACGACCAUAACUACCAGCAGGGAGAUGGCGGAGACGUUCUUGAGCGAGCAGGAGAUGGGGUCCUUACCCAUUAUACAUCUGCCCGCCAACGCUCCAAGAAGCCUGUGGCAGCCAGCUCGGCCCAACUGGAAUCCCACGCCCGCGAGAAUGCGAGUCAACCCUGUCGCCUUCGAAGCUAUCAGAUUUCCUGGGGAAUGGGUGAAUGGGAGACAAACCUAUCGAGUCUUGGCUCCCGGCAUGACGGAAGCGAAGACAGUUACCGCACCCUCCGCCAAAAGCACCCAAUCGAGCAAACCCCCUACGACCAAUUCCGCGGCGAAUGAUCGAUCCGGUAACACUCCGCGACGCCCGGCAAACACGGGAGGAAACGCGCACCGCCACGGUCCUAAUCGUCAUCAUAGCCAUGGCCACAACCAGGCGAGAGAGUCGAACAGGCACACAAGCGGCAAUGUCCCAGAUCCCUCUGGUCAAACUCGUUGGGUACCUCGACACCUGCAAGGUCUCACCAGACCUACUGCGACUGCCUCUGCGGCACAGUCCUAG